GUCACUUAUCCUACCGGGAGGAUCUACGGUGGUCAGCUUCUGUAGUGACGUCAUUGAGCAGCACCGGGGCUUUGUCAUGGAGUUUACGUCAUACGAUAUAGAUACCAAUGAAACACCAAUGGUUGACACAACGGGAGAGGAUUUCUACUGUCACUCUGGUCAUCAAUACAUCCGGGUCAGUGCAAGAUGUGAUGGGAUUGUUGACUGCCCUGACUUCUCAGAUGAAAUUGGAUGUGACGAAUGCAGUCCCGGCGCAUACCAAUGCAACGGAAGUGAUAUUUGCCUCCUUCCCAGAUUGCAAUGCGAUGGAAGGAUUGAUUGCCCACACAAAGACGAUGAGAUGUUUUGUGAGAUACUGCGUUGCCCGGCUAAUUGUUCUUGCGGCGAGUCUCAGCAGUACGUCGGGAUCGACCCUCCACUUACUGAACCUCGCUGCGGCGAUCCCGACUGGUUGCCUUUUUGGGUGAAAUGCACGGACGGCUGGAAUGAAGACUACGCGAAUGCAACAGCGCCAAAGGCUAUAAUUAUGUAA